GGAGGGGGAAGCGCAGCUUUGUCGUUAGCAACAUCCCUCUUGAAGGAUAGUUCGAUAAUACAGCACACAACGCGGUUCUGUUAAAACCGUUACUUAGUAUUUUCGUCUCGUAAACAGGUAACGUAAACCCGAGCGACAAUGCUUCAGUCUUUAGCCAGUAAUUCUUGUGUGCGGUUGAUACAGAGUCAUAAAUCGACGUGGUAUUUUGCAUCUCUAGUCUUGGGGUACAUCCUUUAUCUCAUAUUCGGCGCUGUCGUCUUUUCUUCCGUCGAGCUGCCGUAUGAAGACCAGCUUCGACAGGAGCUGAGGGCCGUUAAAAAACAGUUCCUUCAGGAUAAUGAUUGUCUAUCCGAGGAGCGUCUGGAGCGGUUUCUCAAGAAAGCCCUGGAGGCCAGUAAUUAUGGGGUUUCUAUCCUCAAUAAUGCAUCUGCGAACUGGAACUGGGACUUCACCUCGGCGUUGUUUUUCGCCAGCACCGUGCUGUCCACCACAGGAUAUGGUCACACGGCUCCCCUGUCUGAUGGCGGCAAAGCCUUCUGCAUCAUCUACUCGGUGAUCGGCAUCCCCUUCACCCUCCUCUUCCUCACUGCUGUGGUGCAGAGGAUCAUGGUGUACAGCACCCGGAGACCCAUCAUGUACUUCCAUCAACAAUGGGGCAUAUCAAAGCCCCUGGUGGCCAUCGUUCACGCCACUCUGCUCGCCAUGCUGGCUGUCUCAUGCUUUUUCCUCAUCCCAGCUGCCAUCUUCUCGGCACUGGAGGAGAACUGGAACUUCCUGGAGUCUUUCUACUUCUGCUUCAUCUCCCUCAGCACCAUCGGUCUGGGAGAUUACGUACCUGGAGAGGCUGUUAAUCAGAGGUUCAGGGAGCUCUACAAAGUUGCUAUCACUGUCUACCUGAUCCUGGGUCUGAUCGUCAUGCUGGUGGUGCUGGAAACCUUCUGUGAGCUGCAGCAACUGAAACAGCUGAGGAAAAUGUUCUACCUGAAGAAGGAGAAGCCACAGGACCGCCUCGCCAUUUUGGAGCAUGACCACCUGUCCUUUACCACCGUGUCCAAAAGAGCUGCAGGCCAGGGCGAGGACAAAACCCAGUCGUUUGUUGGCGUCACCACUCUGGUCUCGCCCCACGAUGAUCCCAUGAUCCAGUAAACAUCAACAGAACAAACAACAUUAAAAAGCUGAACUUAGGAUUUAAUGCACACUGGGCUAGAAUCACUUAAAACAGGAUUAUGAGUCUAAGCUGUAGGCUUUCUGUAAAAAUCCAUCUUGCAAACAAAAAUAGUCAGACUAGUUCUGAACAAGUAAACAAUUGCCCUCACUCAACCACAACAAUGACAACACAGUGCUGCGCAGCAGAAAUCUAAUUUAUGUGUGUUAAUAAGGGAACAAAUUAAUAUUUAAACUACGGCUAUAAAGACAAAGCCAGUGCUUGUAGUGAGCGCUUUCUGCUGUAUUUAUGACCCUCAGGAGCUAAGCUCCUUUAUGAGCUGUAUUAUUAUUUAUUACAUAAUAUGUAGGUACAUUUUAGGAAGUAAUUGGUCUCUUAAAUCUAGUGAAAAUACAGGAUAAUUUUCUGUAAAGUCUCCGAAAGUAGUGCAUAACUUUGCUUGUGUCGUCUAGGUAGAGAUACUUGACAGGUACGUGACAUGUACAUAGACAGGUAGAUGUUUUCAGAUGUACAGUAUAGUGCUGUCUAGAAUUAACACACCAGUUAAAGAUGAGUCGGACUGAAAUCAAAACAAAUGCGGUCUUCAAAUGGAACUCAGUCAAAUCAGGAUGUUGUGCACAGGAGAGACUUGGUGUUCGAGUGGUAACUGUAUGGGAAUACAAAUAUGGAUGCCUAAAUAUUGCUUGUCCUCCUCUUGGCUUCCUGUGUGGAAAUGCUAAGGUUACGUUAUUUCUUAGUGUCUAUAAACCACAGACAGGAACCAGAGACAAACAAUGAUCCAUUAUGACACUUUCUAUCGCUCCUUUUGGUCACGUAUGUGGCUAAAAACUGAAGUUCACAGGCUUGACCAUUUCUGAAAACAUCAUUGAACUCCAAGCUUUCCAAAAAAUUUGACUUAAAAUUUGAUAACUGUAAGAGGAGGGUGGUUAUAUGGUCUCCUCUUAUUAAGACAACCCAAUUUUAAGGAGCAAAAAAAAGAAAAAAUACAAAAUGUACACUUCGUCUGACAAAGAAUGAAUGAGAUAAGCUGAUAAGAUUAUAUCCUCAAAGUGCGAUGUAGUUGAUAUUUAAGAUUGCACAACAUCAGGUGUUAAAAUAACUGUCAAGAUGAGAACUCUGCAUUGUGAGCGGUUUACAGUGUAUGUUUUUGUAGCAUUUCUGGCUUAUCUUUUUAGAGGUGUAAAUCAUUCUUGUUGCACUCCACAUCGUCACAUUUCAUCAUAAGGGAAAACGUCUCUGCAGAUUUAUGUGUGUUUGUUUCCUCAACAUGUUGCAGUGCUAUUUCAAAGCUGUCCAUGUGUGAUGAUAGGCACUAUUGAUUUUUCUGAAUCGCUUAAUGCGGGCUGCUGGAUUGUGUGUAAAAGGGAAGCGAGUUUAGCCUAACUUAAAAAGAGGGAACCACAGAGGCUGGGCUCGCCCUGCUGCAUUUCACAGUCAAUAAAGAGAGCUCAGUUUGCACAUGUUGGAGGCUGACAGUUGCACAGAUCUAAAAAACAAUGUUUGGGAUUCCUCUGAAAGGAAAAGGACAGGUUUUAAAGACUUCAUCUGACAAAACAGAAGCUAUUUUAAUACUUGACUUUCAUGGUGGAUGAUCGGGAAAAGCUUGAUGAUUGCUAUAAGCAAGAAAAGGGAAAGGUUUGGAACAGAAAUUUAGAUCAUCUGAAUGUAGAAAUGUAUAUUUUUGAAUAUUAUAAAGAAAGAUUAUGAGGUUUUUCAAGAAACGGUGCAUUAUGUAAACUUGAAACUUAACAUUCAAGCAGUAGGAGUGCAGCUACAAUAUUCCAGUUUUUAAUCUGCUAAUUAAGCGAGGAUAACUUUUCCAUAAUUGGAAUUUAACCCAGUUGAUCCACAAUUACAAAUUUGUAUGACAGUAACAUUUGCACUCCUCUGUGUAUUUUAGAAAAUAAGGAAAAUGCUCUGUGAGAAGGACCAAUCUUAUGCCGUUAUCCGUCCUCUUCUGUUUAAUGCCUGCUCAUACACUGUUGCAUACUGCUGUGAUACAGACUUGCUGUAUUUGUCAUAUAAUUUGCAGUAUAUUAAAUAGAAAGGCCUGCAUUUGUUAUGUCUUUUAACUAUUUCUCACCCUUUUUGCAGAGCUGAACUUCUGACCUCAUGUUUGUGUGCUACAUUUUCACAUCAAGACACAGUCGCAGCCUUUAUGUUGUCUUGAAUGUAUUUUGAUUUUUAUGCUGUUUACUUCAGAAAGAUCUGAGGGCUGACCGGAGUGCAGCUUUAAGGCCUUUGCACACUGAGUUCAUCUUUUUUUGGACAUGUUUGUUGGGUCUGAUAAAAAAAAAAAAAAAAAAGGACAAAAAAAAAAAGAAACUUCACACAGUUGCCUUGCACUCUGAGUCUGAUUCGUUUAUUUUGGAUCCAUCCACUCCUAAAAUUAUCCUUCAUGUGUUUUCUUUAUUUGCACAGGCUAGUACAUCUUUGCCAGGUAGCCUUUUGGAGAGUUAAGGUGCUUCCUGAGUCUGACCAAAAGUAGAACUUUUAGUUCCAGGAACUUAUCUCCAAGAAUCUCAAUGGUUCUUGUGGCCGAUUGUUGUCUGUGUUUCCACCGGGGUCUAAAGUCCAGGGUAGAUUAUGCAAAUCGGGCAUCCUGAUACAGCCACGUUUCAGGAAGAUAAAGUAAAUCGAUACUAUUAUGCACGGUAAGGUCUUUUACCAUGAAAGACUGAGAUGUAACAGAUCUAAUAUUUAACAGACCAACAACUGUAAUUGCAGUUUUGAUUUUAAUCAGAUUUUUUGUAAUAUUCACCUUUAUUUAUUUAUAUUUGGUUGUAUUGUAAUUAAGAGUCUGGGUCACAAGGUAGACACAGUUUAUAAUUAAUUUCAUGUAAUUUAUUACAUUUAAUCAUAAUCUCAAGAGUCUGAGUAGGUUUUCAGUCAUCCAGACUGUUCUAAUCUUGAUCCAAGUGGGGCAACUGGUCUUGGUUAAGGUUGUUGAAGAUUUUUCAGCUCUUAAACAGACUGGGGCCAGAGAGUAUUACGAUGCUGAUUAUCUGGGUGGUCAUCAUAGUAGUUGACCCAGUAACCAAUCUGAAAUGUACGACAUUGCACCCCCAUAGUUUCUGGGCCCCCAGAGCAGGUAUUCUUCUAAGGGUAGAUUUUUUAACCACAAAACUAAAUGUAGGCCUAGAUGAAAACGUUAUAUUUUCAUUUGGUUUUGAAAAAGUUUUCCAUAAAUACGGGAUGGUUUCAGGAAAUGUCCACGUAAGAACAGAACCAAUGAAAACGUCUGAAAGCGGUGUAAUAUAUAUGCCAAGCCUGUAUUGCUGCCACGGAAGUGCAUCAAAAGAGAGAAGAAGAGCACAAAGAACUGCCACAAACCUUCUCCUGGUUGCCCUUCUGGCUGUUCUCUGUGUUGGAUUUGAGAACAUCUGGUGUAUGCUGUGGUGGUAAAGGAGCAUGAGAUUUUGCUGUUAAAGCCAUAAUAAGCUCAAUGGCUUCUGCAGCAUGAGCACAGCCCUGUAAUUUGCCAUUGUUGUUUUGGUUUUACAUGCACAUGGAGCGUGAGUGGGCUAUGCUAUGUGUGAUGUAAUCGUUUCAAGAAAGAUGCGGUUGGCUGUCCACACUGAGAUGAAACAGUAAGCGUUCACAGAUUUGUUCACUCUGGUACUAGGGUUAAAAAAGUAGCGUGCAUGGCCUCCCAAAAUGCUGUUUCCGUGUGGAUGAAACACAGAGAUGACAAAAACUUUUGCAUGUACUCCUGAAUUCGUCUCCGUGUGGACGGGGCCUUCCCCAGAAAAGAUUCCUAGUUCCUUGGAGAAGUUUCUGCAGUCAAAAAGCACCCAUAGAGCUCAUCUUUUCAACUCAAAUUUCAAAGUUUGGCCUUAAUCCAAGACAGUCCAUGGUUGAACACACAUAAAAUCAAAGAUGCUCUGAAAAAAUACAACGACUGCAAAGGGUUUGGAGUCAACGGCAAACGUGAUUGGCACAAUAUGAGAUGGUAUAUCUGCUGGUCUGCUGGUAGAUUCAUGAAGUUUUACUUGUAUUUGCACUUGAGUAAAUUUAACCACAGUAAUUGUACUUUAGAGUGCAAUGUUUUAGUUCUCUUUCCACUUCUGAUGGAGUUUAAGAUGACAAGCUUGGACUCAGUGUGUGAAGGCCUUAACUCGCGGCUGCUUUUCUGGCUCUGUUUAUAAAGCUACGGCAGGUUAUUUCAAACAGUGGAAGCUGAGCUUUAGCGAGGUGUCAAAAUGAGCUUUGACAGCGUCAUCAUCUCAGUCACUCACUGAUCUUUUCUGUUGUAUUUUAUACAUGUGGGGAUUGUAUUUUGUUUCCCCUACCAGUCUAUGCCUUUGUGUAAACUGUGAAGCAUUGACACUGUUCAUAUCGUCCGCUGAAAAGAAGAACUUGAAGUUUCCCAGGUUGGAGUUUCUCUUUUUCCGUAUGAGGUUUCACUGUUUUUUAGAUAGAUUGAUGUCAACGCUUUAACCCUUCAGUGUUGAAAGCUGUCAGGUUUAGUUUGAGUUUUGUUCAGGGAGGAAACAUUGUGUCGCUGACAACAAAAAGAAGCACACUGACAUUAUUUAUUUAUGCUGACAUUUGGAAUAUUCCUGUACAUAGGUCUUCAGUUUUACUGAGUAUUUAAGUGUUACAAUACCAUUAUUGUAAUGCAGGUUUGCCAUGGAGUAGUUUAAUUUCAGCAUAAGAAGUGAGUUCAUGAAAUGUAAAAUA